CGCCAUCAAGCACGCUAGCGUAGUGUCAGCACCUCGCAGCACCACAUAAGCUCUGUGUAUAUAAGCUCCCCAAAUGGCUCCCGAGCUUGCCGCCGAACAACUCGAACUAGACAUGGCUGAGGUUCGCUCCGACUCGAGCUUGGACUCUGAUCCCCUCCUGCCGCCAGAGCACCGUGACCGCGAGCGCGUGUCCCCACGCCCAAAUGCCCUUCCCAAACUGCAGCUGGCAGUCGUGUACUUCGUUAAACUGGUCAUCCCCUUAGCGAGCACCCAGUCCAUGCCCUAUAUCAAUGUUCUCGUCGCCAGUCUUGCCAAAGCAGAGGGCGCAAAGACGGGAUACUACAGCGGGCUUGUGGGCAGCGCCAGAUCCAUAGCGCAUCUAGUGACUAUCUACCUCUGGGGAAGACUCUCUGACCGGCAUGGGCGGAAACCUGUGGUCAUCGUCGGCACGGCACUGACUGGAUUCUUUACACUCCUCUUUGGGAUCUCUCAGACAUUCCCCACAGUGCUGUUGACCGUCUUCCUCAUCGGCAUCUUCAGCGGUACAACCGGGGCCAUACACUCCAUAGUGGGAGAGCUCGUAGAUUCAACAAACGAAGCCAUCGCCUUCCCGCUCUAUGACAUUGUCUCUGCGAUUGGCUUUGCAGUCGGCCCACUCAUAGGCGGCACAUUCUCAAACCCUGCAACAGAAUUCGGCGGCCCAUGGUUCGACACUCCGUUCUGGAGACACUCUAUCGCCGCCACCGCGCUGUUACUCGCUAUCUUCGUCCUUGAGGAGACACUCCCGGGUAAACGUGGCGCACGCAAGGGCCCCAUCCGUAUCCAUCCCGACGAAGACUUAGAGAGCCCCAUAUCGCCCGUUAGAAGACAACACACGGAUCCAUUAUUUCGACCAAGCCGCUCAGCAUCCGAAAGCUGCUCUCCAUGCCCGUCAUCCGCAUGCUCUGCGCUCCAGCGGCGCCCUCGCUUACGUCGCGGGCAGCUUAACACCGUCUUCGUGCUCCAGGCAUACACACCCGUAGAAGACGGCGGCCUGCCCUCUCCGUACGUCUCCUUCCCUUCCGCACCCUCGCAAAUCGGCCGCGCACUCGGCAUCAUGGGCACCGUCUCUAUCUUCCUCAAGCUCGGCAUGCCCUACUGCCUGCGGCGCUUCGGCGUCCUCACCGUGUUCCGCUUCUGCAUGCGCUCCUGGCCGUUCACGUUCGCGGCGAUGGCGCUGCUCUCCUUCGUGGCCAAGAAGGUCGACGGCGCCGAGGGCGUCGUGACGGAGUGGACGGCCGUGAGCUUCGUGCUGUUCUUGUCGCGCAUCGGGUGCAUGGCGUUCUCCAUCAUCAUGAUUCUGACGAAGGACCACACGCCCGGCACGUCGUCCCUGGGGACGUCAAAUGGGCUCGCCGAGUUCGCCCAGUCCCUCGCGAGUGUCUUCUCGCCGCCAUCCUCGCUCUUCGCAUUCUCAUCCUCGCGACAUAUCCUCGGCGGCCACUUCUGGGUCGUCGUCAUGGUCCUCAUCUCCGUCGUCUCUGGCUGGUUCGCAGAGCAGAUGAAGCGAUAUCGGGAUGACUGAUAGACUAGACCGCGCAUGUUCUCCCACCCUGUACUCUCGUGUAUUGUUGUAGACUGUGCUAUAACGCCUAAUUCACAU